UGGCGACCGUCCCGGCCCCGCUCACGUGACGGGGGGGCAGUCACGUGAUGUUUGGUUGCUACCGAGUUGUUUCCGGGUCGAUGCGGGACGCGGCCGCCGGGCCUGGAAGUCCAAGAAAGGAGCAUGGACCAACCCAGUGGCAGGAGUUUCAUGCAAGUUCUUUGUGAGAAAUACAGCCCUGAGAACUUCCCGUAUCGCCGUGGUCCUGGUAUGGGUGUGCACGUCCCAGCAACUCCACAGGGCUCACCUAUGAAAGAUCGUCUCAACCUUCCAAGCGUGCUGGUGCUGAACAGCUGUGGCAUAACCUGUGCAGGGGAUGAAAACGAGAUCGCCGCCUUCUGUGCUCACGUCUCUGAACUCGAUCUUUCUGACAAUAAACUGGAAGACUGGCACGAGGUCAGUAAAAUUGUGUCCAACGUUCCCCACUUGGAGUUUCUAAACUUGAGUUCCAAUCCUCUCAGUUUGUCCGUUCUAGAGAGAAGGUGUGCUGGGUCCUUCGCUGGUGUCCGCAAACUUGUGCUCAACAACAGCAAAGCUUCCUGGGAAACAGUCCACACAAUCCUGCAGGAGUUACCUGACUUGGAGGAGCUCUUCCUGUGCCUUAACGACUAUGAAACAGUGUCUUGUUCUCCAGUUUGCUGUCAGUCUCUCAAAUUACUCCACAUAACUGACAAUAAUCUUCAAGACUGGACUGAAAUUCGAAAAUUGGGAAUUAUGUUUCCAUCUCUGGACACACUUAUUCUGGCUAACAACAACCUCACCACCAUCGAAGAGUCAGAAGAUUCCCUCAGAAGCACACUGGACCUGAGGAAUGCAGUGUUAGUGAAGGAAAACAAGCAGGAAGUGCACUUAUUUCUGUUGGUUUUACCUUUUUGUGGUCUGCAUUGCUGGGAAGACAUUGACAAGUUAAAUUCUUUUCCCAAGCUCGAGGAGGUGAAAUUGCUAGGAAUCCCUUUGCUGCAGUCCUACACCACUGAGGAGCGCAGGAAGCUGCUAAUAGCCAGGUUGCCAUCUAUCAUCAAGCUCAACGGGAGCAUUGUUGGUGAUGGGGAGCGAGAGGACUCGGAGCGAUUCUUCAUCCGAUAUUACAUGGAGUUCCCAGAGGAGGAAGUCCCAUUCAGGUACCACGAGCUGAUCACCAAGUAUGGGAAGCUGGAGCCCUUGGCAGUCGUGGAUCUGCGGCCGCAGAGCAGUGUGAAGGUGGAGGUUCACUUCCAGGACAAAGUAGAAGAGAUGUCAAUCCGUCUCGAUCAGACUGUGGCAGAACUGAAGAAGCACUUAAAAACUGUGGUGCAGCUGUCAACCAGCAACAUGCUGCUCUUCUACUUGGACCAGGAAGCCCCCUUCGGCCCCGAGGAGAUGAAGUACAGCUCACGAGCACUGCAUUCCUACGGCAUUCGGGAUGGAGACAAAAUCUAUGUGGAGCCCAGGAUGAAGUAGCCUCUCUUGACCUACACACCCCACACACCCACACACAUGCAUUUAAGGAGUUUUUGCAAGGUUUUUAUUUCGGUUGGUUGGUUGAGGUUUGGUUGUGUUUCUAUAGCAGGUAAUGGCUUAGCCCGGAGCGAGUGCCCUGAUGACAGAACCAUGCCCACCACCCACUGCAGGUGACCUCGAGGUGACAGCUGACUUCAGUGCAUGUGUUUCUGUGUGUGCAAUACCCCCAUGUUUUCUUUGAUGCUCCGGUAUACUCGUGAUUUGGCAUGAAUGGUCAGUUUUUGAAGCUGAGAAUGCUAGGGCCCGUAAGGGAGAAGAUAGCUCGGUGUGGAAUUUGACCUGUUUUUUUUUUUUUUCUUUCUCUAAAAAAUGUGUGGUUUCUUUUGGCACCACCAGAGCACCCUAGCUAUCCAACUGCAGUUUGAGCGAGCUUGGUUUUCCAUCUGGGUGCUGUCUCGUAGCCUUUUGUCACACUCAAGCUCACUGAAAAGGUCUGAAAUAAUGUUCAGUUUGAAUCAGAGCUCAGGUAUUCAGCAUUCAGUGCAUCCACUUAGCUCCACUGGUUGGUGUGAGCGCACAAGAUGAAGGAAAGACAGGGAUGUUAUAAGAAAGGAUUUCUUUUAAAAACUCCUGCUUCUAGCCAUGCUGUCCUAUCAUGAGUUUGGAGAAGAUUUUGCUUUCUGUGUCCGUGUCACAGUGUCUGCAAGUUGUAGUACUGUACUGUCAGCCUGCAGGCAAAGCAAGCCUGGCCCUGUCGUUUGGGAAAGGAACUGUGGGUUGGCAUUGUGUUGAGGGCUUUUAGGGUAGUGGGUCAGAAACGUGGUGAGGACUGUGUUCCUUCUUUGGCUAGGAAACAUCCCUGCGAUGCCGAAAGGUCUUCCAAUGAGCACUUAACCUUGUACCGCUGUGUCCCGAAAGUGGAAUGGCUGAAAUUGCUCUCUUGGGAGGGAGCAAGACUCGAGUUGAAGUUUGUUUCUUGUUGUUGCACCAGAAAUGAAACCUGGCACUUUCCCCGGGGACCCCUGGCUGCAGGGUCUCCAUUUAGGGUCCAAACUAGCAGAAUGUGUUGACUCGGAUCAGUUUCUUAGACAGCAGGUCCAAAAGCACCUAUACCCACUUGUAUUGUAAAGCAGGUGUUCACUAGGUCCCCUUCCCCCCACAUGCACCUUGUAGGCAUUGUGUGCUGCUGCUUAAAUUAGCCCCCCUUCUCUAACGCAGCGCAGAUUCCUGUGCGAUGAAACCCUCAGUCCUUUAUAUCUCUUGUAAAUCAGACAGCCGUUUCGCUUUACUCUGUCCUCCCUUGUUCUUCUGUCAUCCUGACAAGCUGAAGACUUUUCAAAUUACCUUGUUAUAAGCAACUGCAUCAAAGUUUCUGAAGCUGUGCAGUGAGGGCUCUGGUUACACGUGAACUCCUGACCGUAAUUUUGAAAUGCUCCCUGUCCCCACGUGCACUUUUUUCCCGAGAUGCUUUUGUCCACGCCACCAAGCUCCUUUAUAGCCUUGGAGUUGUGUAUUUCUCUUUAUAUUUUAUCUAGAUGGUGGGGUGGGGUAGGAUGGGGAGGGGACAAAGUAUUAUCUCGUAAUCUUCAGGUUCAGGUUUGUAGGGACCUUUGAGAGGGGAUUAGUUCCGCAUCCACAGUAAGGAUUAAAAAUGGGAGGACUUAAGACAAGGUAAUUAUUUCUGCCUCAUCUCCCUGCCAAAACCAUCCAUCUCCUGGCACCAUCGAGACGAGCAAUAGUAAAUGGAGCAGCAGUCACCAUAGAGUAGAGUAGAGGCUACAGCCAUAGUACCUGUAAAACAUGAGAUGGUGGCAGUGUACCAUAAGAUGAUGCUUUUAUAAGCUAGAGCUUUACUGAAGAUGUAUUUUCCAUUUGGGCAGCGAAAGGCAUUUUGCUGCCUUAUAGCGGAACUCUUAAGCCAACACUUCUGUAUGAUAUAUACAUAGAUAUGCAUCGGAAAAGUUGUGUUUAAUAAGAUAUUUUGUUAUAAAACAAAGUUUUAUGAAGAUAUGGUUGUUUAAUA